GGCUGGCGGAAAUGCACACUCGGGUCACCUGACCGUAGGGUUGAGUAGAAAUGGCGUCUUUCUUGAUUGCUGGUGAGCGGCUCGUGCGCGCUUUGGGCCCCGGCGGGGAGCUGGAGCCAGAGCAGCUGCCCCGGAAGUUGCGGGCAGAGCUUGAGGCCGCGCUGGGGAAGAAGCACAAGGGUGGUGAUCGCCCCAGUGGUCCCGCACGCCUGGUUUCCUUCCGCCUGAUCCGCGAUCUGCACCAGUACCUAAGAGAAAGAGAUUCCACAUUGUACCUUCAUGAGCUCCUAGAAGGCAGUGAAAUCUAUCUCCCAGAGGUGGUGAAGCCUCCUAGGAACCCAGAACUAGUUGCCCGUCUGGAGAAAAUUAAGAUACAGCUGGCCAAUGAGGAAUAUAAGCGGAUCACCCGCAAUGUUACCUGUCAGGAUUCAAGGCAUGGUGCAAUUCUUAGUGACCUGGGAAAGCAAGUGAGGUCAGUGAAAGCUCUGGUCAUCACCAUCUUCAACUUCAUUGUCACGGUGGUAGCUGCCUUUGUCUGUACUUAUCUUGGAAGCCAGUAUGUCUUCACAGAAAUGGCCUCGCGGGUACUGGCUGCGUUGAUCGUCGCCUCUGUGGUGGGUCUGGCUGAGCUGUAUGUCAUGGUGCGGGCAAUGGAAGGCGAGUUGGGAGAGAUAUAACUGGUGCUUCAUCAUUGAAGUCUGGAGAGGGUUUGGAGGAGCUCCAGGCUCCCAGCUGCCUAUCACUGACUCUCCGUCUACCCAUCAGGCUCUUUAUACUCAGCUGUGGUUGGUCAGGGCCGAGCCAGGGCUACCUGCUCUUACUGUAGGGAGCCCCAUCCUCUGUCAGUUGCCAGAAGUCUGUCAGUAUAUUCUCCUGACGCUGGUGCCCAUCUGCCUUCUCCAAUAUGUUCUGGGCAUUGCUGGGGAUGGGUUUUUUCCAUCAAUAGUAAAUAGAAUCCAGGCCUUCCCAGAAGUGGACCAUACUGCCUUGAACUUGCCCAAGUGCACAAAUAAAUCGUCAUCCUUGCUCCACACAUCCUUGAUACAGACCUGUAACUUAGCUCUGAAGCCUCCAAGAAAGCGAAAAGGAUUCUCUUUCUCCAGUUUGUGCUGGAAGAGGAACUGAUCAGAGGACACCGAAUAAGAGAAAAACAGGUUGGUACAGGAUGGCAGAAUUGAAAAGAAAGCAGCUACCUUUUUGGAAUCUUAGUUUCUGAAUUCAUCCUCUUCCUUCUGCUUGCCUUUUUCAGGUUUUCUAAAUGCUUCUGCCUGUCUCUAUCACUCACCAGCCCUCCUUAAACUUCCCAUCUUCCUGUCACCCUUGUCUCCUAAAUGAAAACAAUUCAGAUGGCAAAACAGUACAUCUCCUUUUAAUUGCAAAAUCCCUUGUACUUGUUUGUGUUUGUGGGGAGAGUAUGCCUACUGUGGAUUGUCUCAACUAGUAAAGGGAGACGUUCCUUUUGGACAGGACCUAUUUUCAUAUAUGUAUAUAUGAAUAGAAAUAAGCAUACACGUAAAUAUGUAUACAUAAUGUACACAUUACAGAUGUGUAUGCAUGUUAUACAUAAGCCUGAAGUAGGAUAUUUUAUGUGGGUUCUUAAACAUUUUUGAGUGAGUAUAAAAAAUAUUGUGUAAAUGCUCACAGUUGACUAUUUUACAUAGUUUCUUUUGGUCUUUACAACAAUCCCAGAGAUUGGAAAAGGAAAUGAUUUAGGCCCCUUUUCCAGAAGACAAAACGGACUGAGAGAGAUCAAAUGACCCACUGUGGUUCUUGCUCUGUUAAAUGGAGCCAAAGACCUGCUAGGUGGUCCUGAAGUCUCUGUGUAAUACUAAACUUCUUUGAACUUCUUUGAACUUAGAUUGGUGAUAUGAUGACAUAUCUGUAUAAGGCACUUAAAAAUGAUAUCAGUGUUAGUUAUUUAUCCAAUAAAUAUUUAUUGUA